UCAUGUUUUAAUUCGCUCGUUCCGAAAUACGAUUCGUUUGCGCACCAAAUCGGUGGGGAACGCGGCCUAAAUCUACGAAAUUGGCGUUCCGGAUCAAGAGGAAGGAAGCACAGCAAUUGUUAGGGUUUCUGGAACCCUAGAUCUGAAAAUUAGGCCCCAGAUUAAGAAAAGGAGAAUAAAACAUUGGGUCUUUUGGUUGCCGAUGUGAUGCGAGCCGACGAACAUAUUGAUGGAGCGCAUAUGUUGCAGAGAUAGGGAGAGAGAAGCCUCACAUUCUUUUUUGGUUGCAGAGAGAACGAGAAUUGCGAUAGUGAGUAACACAAAACCAGCGGGGAAGGGUAAUCUUUGAAGAGAGAUAACAUUUUUAAUUAGCACUACAUUUACAGCUGGCACCAUCUAGGCACCAUCUAUUGACAACUUUUUUUCUCCUUUUUUUGUUAUUUUUUUGGCAGCUUUCUUUUUCUAGUUCCAUAUGUAGCAUGGAAUUAAAACUCUCCCGUUCCGUUACAGAACGGCCGUUCUGUAACGGAUUUCGGAUUUGUCGUUCCGCGAAAUCCCGUUACGGAACGCCAUAAUAAAAUUCACGUACUUCUCGCCGCGUUGUCCGUUCCGUAACGCGAACUCGCCGCGUUAGAACGAUUUUAUCCCCGUUACAUCCGUUCUUUUCAAACAUUGGCCAAAUUUUUUUUAUGAUUUAAUUAUAUAGUUGAGGAAACAUGAUAUUCUAUUAGAUUUGAUUAUAUUAUGUUCUAAUAAUGCUUCAUAAACUAAAAAAAUCCAAAUAAGAUUAAAACAUAUUAAUGUGAAUUUUUUAAAAAAAUUCACGCCGCGUCGGCCGUGAAACGUUCUAUUUCGCCGUUCCAAGCCGUUCCCGCGACAACGCGACCGUUCCCGCGAACGCGACCGUGACCGCGUUUUUUUCCCUGAUAUGUAGUGCUAGUUUUAAAAAAUAGAUUUAAUAAAAAAAUUUAAAAUUCAAAUAACUGAAGGUAAUUAAUGUAUUAAGUUAUUUGAAAUUAUUUUAUAAUGAAUAAAUAUUAUUAUUAAAUAUAUUAGCACAAAUUACGCUCCCAAAAUCCGUACCCAAAACAAACUCUCUCAGGCUCAGAAAUCUCCCGACUAGAUAGUGGCGUUCCCAUGCCUGUUCCACGAUUCGAGGCGUUUUGCGAAUUAGGCUCACAGACCAAGCGGGCGUUGAUUUCAUUAUCUGAUAAGACUGAUUUAGCUAUGCUUGGAAGCGGGUUACGGAGCUUAGGGUACACUAUUGUUUCAACGGGAGGAACUGCAACUUCUUUGGAAGAUAUUGGUGUUUAUGUGACUAAAGUGGAGCAGCUAACUUGUUUUCCUGAAAUGCUUGAUGGUCGUGUCAAAACUUUGCAUCCUUACAUACAUGGUGGCAUCCUUGCUAGAAGAGACCUUCAGCAUCACAUGGAUGCUAUAGAGAAACAUGGAUUUGGAACCUUUGACGUGGUGGUUGUAAAUUUAUACCCCUUUUAUGAUAAAGUAACUUCAGCUGGAGGAGUUCAUUUUGAGGAGGGAAUUGAGAAUAUUGAUAUUGGUGGACCUACAAUGAUCAGAGGUGCUGCAAAGAAUCACAAGGAUGUCUUGGUGGUGGUUGAUCCACAAGAUUACUCUGCUUUGAUAGAUUAUCUCAAGGGAGAUCAGGAUGACCAACAGUUCCGUAGGAAGCUUGCCUGGAAGGCUUUUCAGCACGUGGCUGCUUAUGAUUCCGCAGUUUCAGAGUGGCUGUGGAAGGAGACUGAAGGAGAUAAAUUUCCACCCAGCUUCACAGUACCAUUGUCCCUUAGAAGUUCUCUUCGAUAUGGGGAGAAUCCUCACCAAAAAGCAGCAUUUUAUGUUGACAAGAGUCUCGCUGAGUUUAAUUCUGGUGGUAUUGCUACAGCUGUUCAACACCAUGGAAAGGAAAUGUCGUAUAAUAACUACUUAGAUGCUGAUGCAGCUUGGAAUUGUGUCUCUGAAUUCAAAGAUCCUACUUGUGUGGUGGUGAAGCAUACGAACCCUUGUGGAGUUGCUUCACGUGAUGACAUCCUUGAAGCAUACAGGCUAGCUGUCAAAGCAGAUCCAGUUAGCGCAUUUGGUGGCAUUGUGGCCUUUAAUGUUAUAAUUGAUGAGACUCUUGCCAAGGAAAUUCGGGAGUUUAGAAGCCCUACAGAUGGUGAGACUCGGAUGUUUUAUGAAAUUGUGGUUGCGCCCGGUUUUUCAGAAAAAGGACUUGAGGUUCUCUGUGGGAAAUCAAAGACCUUAAGAAUUCUUGAGGCAAAGAAGAAUGACAAAGGAAAACUUUCUUUGCGACAAGUUGGAGGUGGUUGGUUAGCUCAGGAGUCCGAUGAUUUGACACCUGAGGAUGUCCAAUUUAAAGUUGUCUCUGAAAGAAGCCCAACAGAAAAGGAGCUAGAUGAUGCAAAAUUUGCCUGGCUUUGUGUGAAGCAUGUGAAGAGCAAUGCUAUAGUGAUCGCAAAGAAUAAAUGCAUGCUAGGCAUGGGUAGUGGGCAGCCAAACCGUGUUGAAAGUUUGAGAAUUGCUAUGAGAAAAGCAGGAGACGAGGUCAAAGGAGCAUCUUUGGCAAGUGAUGCUUUCUUCCCAUUUGCUUGGAAGGAUGCAGUAGAAGAAGCUUGUGAGAGUGGCAUAAGUGUCAUAGCGGAGCCUGGUGGCAGCAUUAGAGACAAGGAUGCUGUGGACUGUUGCAAUAAAUAUGAUGUUUCACUUUUCUUUACUGAAGUGAGGCAUUUCCGACACUAAUCGCGAUCCUGAAUGUAGCUGGUGUUGCCUUUCAUAUCACCACAAUCAAAGGAGCUGUUGUACACCAUUAUGUACUAGAGGGUAAAAUGCCAAAAAUUCGGCUUAAUAGUGUUAAUCUACCUGAGUUUGUAAGUGUUGAUGUACCAAAAAAAUGUGUUCUUUUGGAUCGAUGGCGCAUGUCACCAUUAGCAUCAUAGGCUUAGGCACUAGAUAUUGGGCAGUACCUUCCACAAGAAAUUGGAAUGAGUAAAACAAGGUCAUGUAUAAUUUGAGCUUGAAUUUUGUUGCUCAAGGGCUGAAUAUGUAGCCAAAGAUUUGCUGACCAAAAAAGUUCACAAAUUCGUGUAAUAGGGGUGCAUUUUGUCCAUGUGAAUAAGCUCCAUGUCUAGUAAGUUUUAAUAAAUUUUGAUAAGUUUAGUUGCA